CAUCAGAAAACAUGAAGGCGGUUGAUUGAUACCUCUCUAAUCUUCCUCAUCUUCAGCGAGCUUGUGGCAUCUGCAAGCCCUAAUCCUCCAUUUUCCCCUCUAUUCACUGAAUCAGCUCAUACCGUCCAGCCGUUUAGAUAAGUUAGAUUGAUGCAGUAGCUAUUCAAUGGGGCGCCACAGCUCUCCAUCUCCUGUCACAGCUGAUAGGUCUCCUCGUAGGAGAAGCUCGUCUAGAAGAGAAAGAUCUCCUGCUCGUGAAAAAGGAAAGUCGCCUCCCAAUCAUAGGAGUUCUAAUGCAGACAAGCUUCAACAUCGUACCAGGUCACCAAAACGUGCUAGAACAAGAUCCUCUGCAUCUCAUUCACCUGUGAGGGAGAAACUCCAUGGUCGCACCAAACCCCCAAUCCCUAGAAAAUCACCAUCUCGCUCCCCUGUUCAUGUUAAACAAACGACUUCAAUCCGGACCAGAUCUCCGAAUCCAAAGAAAUCAAGGUCUCCACCGCCUCUUUCACCGCGUACUAAAAGAUUGGAAAGAGCUAAAUCAGAACGAGAUGCUGGAAAAGGGAACGAGAGGGAGUACGGGAAAAAUCACAAUAGGAUGAGCGACAGGUCUGCUCGUGAGGGAGAGGAAUUAGACAGGGAUUUGUCAGUUGAGAAGAAAGAGAGAAGGACAGGAAGGGAUGCUGCUGGUAAUGGCUCUAGAUCCAGACUUGAACGCUCCCGUUCACCUUCUGAUCGUUACCGCAGUGGUCAACGAAGAUCUAGAACGCCACCUGCCACUGACAACAGAGGGCGUACCGAGCCGACACACUCAAGAGAUGAUGAAGAUCAUAAUGGUGACAGCGAGGCUCUGGCUAAGAUGAGGGCUGUGGAAGAGUCAUUGGAAGCAAAGGAAAAACAGCAUAAGCCUUCAUUUGAGCUGUCUGGAAAACUUGCGGCGGAAACCAAUCGAGUAAAAGGUGUAACGCUGCUGUUUAAUGAGCCACCUGAUGCUCGAAAGCCAGAAAUAAGGUGGCGGUUGUAUGUUUUCAAGGGCGGUGAAGUGCUCAAUGAUCCUCUUUAUGUACAUCGUCAAAGUUGCUAUCUGUUUGGUAGAGAGAGAAGGGUUGCAGACAUCCCAACAGACCAUCCAUCCUGCAGUAAACAACAUUCUGUUCUUCAGUAUAGGCAAGUGGAGGAGGAAAACCCAGAUGGUGGCGUGACAAAACGAGUGAGGCCUUAUUUAAUGGAUCUCGGAAGCACCAAUGGGACCUUCGUCAAUGAUGAGCGGCUUGAACCCCAGCGAUACUACGAACUGUUUGAGAAGGACACUAUGAAAUUUGGCAAUAGCAGCCGCGAGUAUGUUCUGCUGCAUGAGAAUUCUACCGGAUGAUGCCAUCCAUCUCUUCCCUGAAAAAGCUUUCGGAAAAUGGCGAGGGGAGCAAGCGGACGCAUUCUUUGCUGGAGUAUGUUGGUGUGGACGUUAUAAAAAGACUGGAUAUACUGAAACCGAGCUUUACUUUAUUGGUAGUAAAUUAAGCGGAAGUUUGCACUCAAAUCUAUCUGUGGUGUCUCAUUGUAGUAAAUUGGUGAAAUGGAACGGAGGAAAAUGCUGCCCUUGAUUGUGUUGUUUUGAUUUGGUUUAAAACUGGAAGCUUUUGUAUUCGCAUUUGAAGCGUUAGGUAAAUUGGUACUACUUCUACUCA